AACUGGCUUUCUAGGGACUCUACCACUACCCACAGACUCUAGAGACUGCUGCUCAGGGUGGGGCCUCCAGCCAUGUGGCCUGGGACACAGCGGGCAGCAGCUGUGUGGAUCAGAGCCCUGGACUGUCCCUACAUGGUGCCAGGCAAGCAAGGAGGGCCCGCAGUUCUGCCGUGGGACAGCCCAGGUUACUCUGAUCAGUCAGGGUGUCCCUACUGGGCUGCCCGAUGCAUGACAUGCAUGAGGAAGCUUGCUUUGGAGCAGCCCUGAGACUGAACCUGCAGCAGUUAUGUCAGGCCUGUCCCUGUGUCACCUGUAGGAAGGAGGUGGAAUGAGGGCUGUGGCCAACCCCUCAAGGACCUCAGCAGUGGGGUGUGGUGCCCAGUGAAGGCUGUGUGGUCUGAGCAGGUGGCAUGGGCCACACCCCCACCCAGAACCCUGCAAUGAAUACUGGAGGAAACACUACCCUGGUGACGGCCCGGGACCCCGCCGGGGAGUUCUGCAAUGCGUCCUUCAGUGACAGCAAGGUAACACUGCUGGUGGUGUACAGCGCGGUGUGUGCACUGGGGCUGCCUGCCAACUGCCUGACGGCCUGUCUGACGCUGCUGCAGGCCCUGCAGGGCAAUGUGCUGGCCGUCUACCUGUUCUGCCUGGCGUUCUGUGAGCUGCUCUACAUCAGCACGCUGCCACUCUGGAUCAUCUACAUCAGGAACCAGCACCAAUGGACCCUGGGCCUGUAUGCCUGCAGGGCGACUGCCUACAUCUUCUUCUGCAACAUCUACAUCAGCAUCCUCCUGCUCUGCUGCAUCUCCUGCGACCGCUUCGCAGCUGUGGUGUACCCGCUGGAAAGCCGGGGCCACCGCCAGCAGAAGACGGCUGUGCUGAUCUCCGCCAGCAUCACCGUCCUAGUUGCGCUUGUGUACUGCCAGGUGUUCCGCAUGGAUCUCGUGAAUGGUACCUGCUUCGAGCCUCUGUCGAUGGACAGCCGCAUCGCCAGCUACCACUACGCGCGCUUCACGGUGGGCUUUGCGCUUCCGCUCUGCAUCAUCGCCUUCACCAACCACCGCAUCUUCCGCAGCACUGCGCUGAGCCAGGGCCUGACCGCAGUGCAGAAGGCCAAGGUGAAGCACACUGCAAUCGCAGUCGUUGUCAUCUUCCUGGUCUGCUUUGCCCCCUACCACGUGGUGCUGCUUGUCAAAGCUGUGGCCUUCUCCUACUACAGAGGGGACAAGAACGCUGUGUGUGCCUUCGAAGCCAGAAUGUACACACCCUCUGUGGUAUUUCUGUGCCUGUCCACGGUUAACAGUGUGGCUGACCCUAUCAUCUAUGUGCUGGCCACAGACCAUUCCCAGCAGGAAGUGACCAGACUCCACCGGGGCUGGAAAAAGUGGUCCACGAAGAUGGAGGACACCAGGCUCACACAGUGGAAGGAUUCAGAGGAGACACAGUCGCCCAUGGCGCUCUCCCGUAGUCACACGUUCCCCACACCCAGCACCCCCACAGGGCCACAGCCCACCGAGUGGGGCUCCCUGUGUACCCUGGAAAUCCCAACCGAGGGCCUCUGACAGGCAGGGACCCCCCCCCUUGAUCUGCCAACAUGUUCUGACUAGCUUCCUUGGCUGGCACCCGUCUGCCUUGGGCCACCAGCAGAGCUCAGUUAAUGACGUCACUUUCUGUGCCUUUGGCAGGAGUUUCUGGGUGACUGUUAUGUGUCCUGGGGCUUCUGUGAUUCUUCCUCAGAGAGAGGCAGGGUCAUGGGCACUGUCCCCAUGCCUGGGCACUGUGGCCCUGCCAGGAGCUAUGAGUGGGAAGGAAGGGGGCUGCUCCCACCCCUGCAGGGUGUGAUGGGCUGCAGCUGCCCAGAGGCAGGGGAACGCAGAGCCACCCCAACAUCUGCUUCACUGCUGCAGGAACCUGGGCUGGGUCUCGGGACAGACAGUGCAACUUAGAAGCAAGCAGGUGACUGCAUGCUCAGCCCCCAGCCCUCACCAAGGGUAGGCAAGAGGGAGGCCUCUUGGCCCAGCGUCAGAUCCAGGCCUAGCCCCAGUGAGCCUUAUCUAGGUUAGGUCAGCUGGGUGCCUCUGUCUCCCCAUCUGGAAAAUGGGGUCCACCAGUCCUCUGCCAGGUGCUCCUCCCGGCUGGCUGGAGGGCCUGGCCCUGCCCAGAGUGAGACCUGGGGAAGCUGAGUUGAGCCUCAGGUCUGUAAGGCAGCUCUGUGGCCUGCUGCUCUUCAUAGUAAGAGAUGUCAACAAAUGUAUAUUGGGAAAGUGUGUUCAAAGAUAAAAGCAAAGUAUGCAUGUGCCUCGCUUUCCUGUACAGCAUAGUACUACAGUCUUGGUUCACAGGGAGAUGCUUUCCUAGGGUGCUAGGGGCCUUGCCUGGAAGGGGAGUAGGAGCUGUGGGUCUCACUGCACUGUCUGGACUGUUUGGGAUUGGGAAGAGCGAGGGGCAGGCCGGGGAUUUCCUGUUUCACAGGGUAGACACCCUGGGGCUCUUAUGACCAAUGUCACAAUCUGGUCAUUGGUGAUAAAGUACCCUCCCCUCCGCCACAUUCCUGAGGCCUGAAGCCCCAGACAAGGGUGGGCAGGACUAGCCCCAGGGCUCAGGACAGGAGUCUCCAGCUUCUCCCUGCUCAGUGGACCAGGUCCUCUGUGGCUUGGGGACACUGGGCCUUAUACAGGCCUUUCUCUUCUGUCUCAAGGCCACAUGCUGUGCCCAGUGGUCCCGUGGUCCAGGGAUGGGGACACUGCUGAUGGGAGGGGCUUCAUGCAUGGUGUGACUGGGUUGAUGUUGAUUUAGCGUGGUCCCCAGAGGGCAGGUGCAGCUGGAGGUGAGGACCCAGAGCCUUCCACCGGGCGAAGACACACAGGCCCAGGGUGCCACGCAGCCUCUUGCAUCCAGUGCUGGGAGGCAGAGGUGGAGAACUGACCUGGGGCCAGUGCCCCCUGACAGCCCAAGAAUGAAGGUCUGCUUGUAGCCUGAGGGUCCUCACGUGGCCUGAGCCACCACUAGAUCUCCCCUUGUUCCUGGCAUCUCCCAGCGGGAAGGACUGUGUGACCAGGAGAUCCUGUGGGUCCUCGUCCCUUGGGGCCUGCUCCUUCCCUCCAUAAACAUGAGGACCAGAAACUGCAUGGGUGGGGGUGAGGGCUGUAUAUAGGGAACCUAACAUUUAUUUCAUUUAAAGUAAGAACCACCUGUUCUUGUGAAGAGAACAGAAAGGAUUCCAGAAAAUAUCUGUGCAGCUGAGAGAGACUUGGCGGUCAGGAACCAGACAGAGGAAAACCCAAGGAAACCCCAAGACUGUUCUCUGGAGCAGAGUGGACCUGGGGUUCCCUAGCUUGAGGGCGCCACCCUGUGUCUUCUCCAGGGAUGUCUGGUGCAGGCCUGUGGUGAUCCAACCACUGGGACACUUCAGGCAGAGACUGUGCGAAUUCCACUUGUUGACGUCUGGCUGCCACAGGGUGGCAGUACCGCCCUUUCCUCUCGCACUGGGCUCUGCCCUGGUCACGCAGGCUUUGGUUUCAGGUGCAGGGCUACAAGCACACUCAGCUUCAGAGAGGCAAGAAGAGUCACCAGGCCGAAGGAAGGAAGGGGUUACAAUGAAGGUGGCUGUGAGGCUCAGCAGGGCCACCUGGGGCUCCUCCCGCGGGAGCCUUGGGACUCAGGAGUGAAGAUGUGCGGCCCAUGAAAUUAGAAAUUAGAAAACUGA